GGAGUGCUCUCGCCUAAAACGCGCGGUUUUUGGUUCGUCAACAUCCCCACAUGCCGUAAACUCGGAGGGGAAGACUAAAGUCCAUAGAGUCUCUGUUCUUCUCUCUCUCUCUCUCUCUCCUCGCCCUCCUUCUCUUAUUGCCUGAAGCUCUCUCUCUCUCUCUCUCUCUCUCUCUCUCUCUCUCUGAGGACGCAGACCAGUUCUUCAUUUUCGUGGAGUUCAAUGAUUUGAUUGGCGGUUUUUCGUCCUGCCUUUGCCUGAUUGUUUUGUGCGUAGUCUGGAGUUUCAUGGAAGAUGCAGUCAACGAGUUGUGCAUCUCUACUGGCAGAUACAAAAAGUAGGAGAUUAUGUCUUUUCAGCCUUCUUCCUACAGUUUCUUUACUUUGUCUAGUUUUCUUUAUAGGGAGUGCAUUCAUUGAACCACAAGAGAAAUUAUCAAAAUGGGGAAUGGCUGAUAAUAUGCAGAAUGCAAAAGCUAACACUUGCAUGAAUCAAUGCAGGCCUUAUGGCAGUGAGGCAUUACCCAGAGGUAUUGUCUCCAGGACAUCUAACCUAGAGAUGCGGCCAUUGUGGGGCACUCGACGGAUAAGAGGGGUAGAAAGCAAAAAACACACAUAUUCAGAGAAGAAAAUAAGCUCUUCAACAAAUUUAUUCGCUGUUGCGGUUGGAAUAAGACAGAAAGAAUAUGUAAAUAAGAUGGUUAAGAGGUUUCUAUCAAGUGGUUUCAUUGUCAUGCUUUUUCAUUAUGACGGUAUUGUUGAUGAAUGGAAAGAUUUGAAAUGGAAUGAUCGUGUUAUACAUGUAUCAGCAAUCAACCAAACUAAAUGGUGGUUUGCCAAGCGUUUCCUACAUCCAGAAAUAGUUGCAGAUUAUGAUUAUGUUUUCCUAUGGGAUGAGGACCUGGGAGUGGAAAAUUUCCACCCUAAACGAUAUUUAUCAAUCAUUAAAUCCGAAGGGCUUGAGAUUUCACAGCCUGCUCUUGAUCCUGUCAAAUCAGAGGUGCAUCACCAAAUUACUGCUCGUGGGAGAAGAUCAAAUGUGCACAGGAGAAUUUACAAGCCUGGUGCUAGCGGUAAGGGGUGUGACAAGAAUAGUAGAGCUCCUCCAUGCACGGGGUGGAUAGAAGUGAUGGCUCCUGUUUUCUCAAAAGCUGCCUGGCGCUGUGUAUGGCAUAUGAUUCAGAAUGACUUGGUCCAUGCUUGGGGCCUCGAUAUGCAGCUCGGUUAUUGUGCACAGGGCGAUCGAACUAAAAAUGUAGGGGUUGUGGACUCUGAGUACAUAGUUCACUACGGUUUCCCCACGCUUGGAGGCAUUGCUGAAAACAAGACAAUUUUGGCGACACACAAUCAUAAUUCUGAAGCUAAGAACAUGCCAAGCGUGAAAGAACUGGGUUCACUUGAGUCUCAUGCAAAUGAUAACAGAGUUUCAGUGAGGCGGCAGUCCUAUAUGGAGUUGGAGAUCUUCAAAAAACGAUGGAAAAAGGCUGUUCAGGACGAUAAAUGUUGGUCUGAUCCAUACAAAACCCCAGCGAAGCAGAGCAUUUAGAGGCUGACGAUGAGGGUCAAGUGGUAUAGAAAUCAUAAGGUAUGGAAUUAAUGGACACAGAAUUUAGGAAUGUAAAAUUGAUAAUUAUUUACUGUCUAGUUAAAGAUUGUGAGCCAUUUUGUUGUCUUAUAAUUUGGUUUGGGAAUUGUAAUUAUGUCAUACAUUCCUUUGAACUAAUGAAAAUGGAGAACAGACUGCAGUUGUCACUUGCCUUUUCCUUA